AUGCCGCUGAGGAAGGGCUCUAUCAGGGGCAACUUACAGCGGUCGCUGUUGACUAAGCGGGGGGCGCGAGUGUACGGGGGCGCGAAUGUAGGGGCCGCCACACUUGAGCGUAGAAGUGGUGCGACAUUUGACAUUCAAAAGACGGCGAUCAUUCACUUCACUAAGACUGCACGCAAACUCAACGCAGACCCGUUUAUCAUCAAGGAUCAAAUCAUUUACCCCAAGGACCAUGUCAAGAUUCUUGGGUUGAUCGUGGAUGCUCGACUCAAGUACAAGCAGCAGAUUGCAAGGGCAGCAUCCAAAGGUCUCGCGACUGCACUGGAGCUGACAAGGUUCAAGGGUUUGACAGCCGCAACGGCUCGACGACUGUUCUCCGCCACAGUGGCCCCAGCAGUGGACUACGCCUCAAAUAUAUGGAUGCACGCCUACAAGGAUAGAAACGUAGGCCCCAUCAACCGUGUUCAACGAGUGGGCGCGCAAGCAAUUGUCGGGACUUUUCUCACGGUAGCAACAAGCAUCGCGGAAGCGGAGGCUUCCAUAUUGAGUGCAGGAGAAAGGUUUUGGAAACGAGCGACUAAGAUGUGGAUCGAUAUUCAUACGCUGCCUCAGACAAACCGCCUUCACAGAAUUACAUCUCGUAUACAAAAACACUACUUCGGAGGCUACCGCUCGCCUUUCCACCAGGUAGCAUACAGGCUGAAGAAUGUACCCCUACAGGAGAUCGAAACUAUUCUACCAUUCACUCUGGCACCAUGGGAGAAGCGUAUUCAAAGCAUCAAACAUGACAAGCCGAACAAGGACACCGAAAUAAGCUGGGACAUGUGCAUAGCUGUGAGCAGCUCAGCACGAAAUGACGUGGUGGGAGGUGGCGGAGCGAUCGAGGUUACGGCCAACGGCGACGGCGAGGCACGACGCGGCACCUUUUCGCUCACAGUGGGAUGGAGCGCCGAACAAAACCCAUACUUUGGAGAACUGGCAACAUUGGCACACGCAUUAACCGGCAUGCCUGAUGUCAGGCACCGCCGUGUGGCACUUCUAACCACUAACCAGGCAGUCGCCCUUACUCUUCGCACCCCCCGACAACACUCCGGUCAGGAACAUGUCCGCUCUAUCUACAAUAGCAUCAAACGGCUAUGGAAAAACGGAAAUGACAUAUUGGUAGUUUGGAUUCCUAGCUCCAGCCAAGACAAGACCCUACUGUUGGCCAAGCGGGAGGCAAGGCAAGCGACUAAGCAGGGCUCCAUUCCCAGUCGCCAGGCCUCUAUUAUGAAAUCCACUACCCUCAACCUCGAGAGAAAGAGAAUCGAGACUGAGAGGAGUUUGCCGGAUCGGGUAGGCAACCACACCAAGAAGGUGGAUGCAGCCCUCCCAGGUGCGCACACUCGAGAGCUAUAUGACAACCGACCAUGGACGGAGCGUAGCAGUAUCGUCAAUGCUGUGUGA